UCUAGUUAUAAAACUAAGUCAUCUAAGAGUAGCUAGAAAUAUGCUAGAUUUUGAUUUAAUAACAUCAAUGUCAGAUAUGAUUCAUUGGUAUCAUUUUUAUUUUAUUACUAAACUUCUUGAUCAAUAUCUUUUUACCUUAGACUCUAGUCUAGAUUACUCUAGAUUUUAGAGUCCAGGUCAGGUUAGUCGAGUGAGCACCAGUCAGUGUCUGUACUACUGUAGUUGUAGUGAAACAUGUUGGAGGUCAAGAUAAUGAUGAAGAUUAUAUUUCUCUUAUUAAUGGGGCAUCCUUGGAUACUUGUCAGAAGCCAGUCAUCACUAUGCACUACAAUAUGUACUAAGGGAAAAUUUUGUGUAGAGGAUGACUGCUAUCCUUGUCCUUCUGGAAGUUUCACUGCAAAAGAUGACCAUACAGAGAGGUACUGCAAAAAGUGGACAUCAAUGCCAGUGAAAAAUUCAGUUAUAAUUGAGAAUGGUACAUCUACAAGUGAUAUAAUUUGGGGCUGUGACAUUGGAUUUGAAAGGAAAAACAUUUCAAAUGAUGGCACAUGGGAUUGUGUUAAAGUGACAACUACCAGUCCACCAAGUUCAUCUCCUAUGCCACCCACAACCACAUCUACUACUGUUACUAGUGUGGGAACUGAAACAACAGCAUCCCCUAGCACUUCUCAGGAACAUGAUUCUUCACUAUUAAUAGGUUUAACAUUUGGGAUAAUUGCAAUAGCAAUACUGUUUGUUUUGUUUAUGUUAUGGAGAUUGAAAAAGCUUCAAUGUAUACUAAAACGACCUGCUCUAAAAAGGAGUGCAACAAAAAAUGAAAAGCCAAUACCAGAAAAACAACAUUUAAUAACAGAAAAUCACAAGUUAAAUCCAGUGAAAAACAAUCUAGAACUGACUAAACUGUACUACACCAUUGUUGGUGUCAUAGGAUUAGACGAUUGUGUUAAAAUGUUUAGAUCUAUUGAUGAUGAAAGUGGAAGAUUUAACAGAAAUAUAUCUCCUUUGGAUGAAAAGAUGUGUGUCGAGUCUUUUCAAAGCUGGGAAUCUCUAAAUCCUAAAGUAAAACACUGUAAAUGUAUAGCAGAUACCCUUGAAACAAUAGGAUACAAGCUGCCUCCAAACAAUGAUUUCAAAGAUCCAGUAUUGCUAAACAUUUGUCUAUGUGAAAUGAAACAACUAAAUGAUGUUUAUAAGAAGUUUCUACUCAAACUGCCACGUUUGUUAGGUGAGGCCAGAUACACUCUCAUAAAUUUUCUAGAAUUAAAGUCUAUGCAUGAAAUAAGAUGUACUGGUAGAACAGACACAGAUUUUAUGACAUGCAUAGGUAACUGGAGUUAUAAGUAUCCUUACAAUCCUUAUGAUACAGACUGGUAUCCAUUAUCAGUUAUAAAAAGAGAGCUGAAGAAUAUGGAACUAAAUAGUGUUGCAGAAGACUUUGAUUCUCUUGCCGAAGAAGUUACCUGUGUUCUAAAAAAUUAUUUAGAUUUAAAACGAAUAUUCUACCUAGCUAUUCAAAUUAUAGGCCAUGAGAAAUGUGAAGAGUUUUUUAAGUCUGUUGAAUUUAAGGAUGAACUAGUAUUGACUUCAGCCAGUCAGUGUAUGGAUACUUUUGAGAACUGGAAGAAAAGACAUCCCAAUGCUUCUCAUAAAAAAGACAUUUUGGAUUUUCUUUUCAAUAAAGGUUACAUAAAUACAAAAUUCUCAGACAAUGAAGACACUCUGAAGGUCAUUGACUUUUUAUCAAGAAUAGUUGGCUACCCUUCAUUGAUAAAAAAUGAAAGCACUAUUGAGUUAGAAAUCUGAGACAAUCCCCAUGUCGCCAACUCAGCAGUUCCCCUCUCUCACAUAGCUGAUGGGUCCGAUGGAACAGCAAGUGCUGAUACAGAUAGGAAUUUGUGGCAGUGCAGGCUUUGCCAGGGUGAGGCAUUGUUUGCUGCAAGCUGCUUAAGGGUCACCAUCAACUACAAGGUGGCCACACUUUGUCAUCAGUGUAUCUAUAGCAAAGAUAUGCCCUUGUACCUUAGCGAAUCGAUCACUCCAUAUGUCCCUCAGAGAGCCCUGGGCUCAAUGGACUCAACGCUUUUAGUGGUGCUAUGUUUCUCCCUCAAAAGCUACGGUCUGCGGGCUUUUUCAGUGCACAGACCAAAGGUUUGGAAUUGUUCUCAGACCGACAACAUGCUACACUUCUUUCAAGAAGAACAUUAAGACCUACCUGUUUGAAACUUUUUUUUAGAUUAGUUUGUCAUUUUAGCUGAGGCGUUUGUGUUUGAAAUGUUAUCACAGCGCCUUGAGCUUACAUUUUGUUUGUUAACAGCGCUUUAUUAAAAUUAUUAUUAUCUCCUGAUUUUUCCCAAGGGUUGACUCCUGAAGCCUUUCCCAUGUUAAGGUAUAUCUGCAAUGCAGCAGAGGUUUCAGAGUUUUCCUGCUGUGUAUUAUGACCAAAAAAAAGAGUGAAAUGUUUUUUUAGCAUUAUUAGAGGAAAUAAUCUAAAAAUGUAGGCAUGUAUCUUGGCUGUUUACACUGUGACAAUUAUUUCUUUUUUAAUUGCUACAAUCCCAGAUAUACAUACCUUUAGUAAACUAACAAUAUAUUAUUGUUUGUUUUUAGACUGUACCAUUUAAACAAGCAACAUUUAAAAAAAUACUUACAAAAAACAACAAAGAUUAUAUAAGGAAAAGAGCAGCAUAAUUACUGUCAUAUCUCUAAAUUCUGCCAGAUUGUUCUCCCUUAUUCCAUUUAAAUCAAAACUAAUUAAUUUAUUUAUCUGAUGGAUUCAUGCAUUUUCCUCGACAUUGUGCAAAGUAUCAACUUGAUUGGAGAAUGGGAAAGUGGGAGAAAUAAUGCGUACAAGAUUAGAGAGACAGACACAGUGAUUUUAAAUAAGCUUUGUAAAUAGUUUGUGUGUAUGUUUUUAUAUUGUUAAGAAACUAAAUCAGGUGUAGCCAGACAAAGGAGAGUGUCAAAACUGAUUGUUUGUUGCAAAUAUUCUAAAGUAUUUUAAAACUUUCAUACCAAAAACAAGUAAACGCUAUUACUUUGCUGGUAUGUGAAUCUUUAUUUGAUAUGUAGCAUUUGUACAUGUACUAAGUAGUACCUGGUAUGGAAAAAGUCUUUUUUUUUUAGUGAAAAUAUACAUGCAAAGUCAGUUGACACCAACUUGUGAGAUCAUGCCUUAUGUAGUAUUAUAUCAUACCAUAUUAUUUACUGCAAUCUAUCUACGUGUGUCCCACUUCAUAUAUUUUAUAUGUUAUAUUGAUGUACUUUUUACUAUAUAUUUUAUAUGUCACAUUUAGGAAUGUAUUCGGUGUAAAAAUAAUUUAUAUUUAACAGUUAUUAUGCCAUCUUUUUCUGAUUCCCCAAAAAUAUUUGUAUUCCUCACAACUUUGUCACUUUUGUUAUAGCAAGGCAGAUAUAUACUCGUAUUAGGAAUACAAAAAAUGUUCAGUGGUUUAAAAAGUGAUGGGGGCGGUGGAAUUUUGUUCUAGUUUGAUGUGUAAAUGCAGUGACUCCCAAAACAUCUGCCCUGAGACUGCUAGCGCCACCUAUCUCGUAUAGGCCUGCUUGAAGUUCUUCAGAAAUGAAGAUAUAAUUGCUAUAGCCCAAACCUCCCAAAGGACGGCAUUGUAUGGCUAGGGCAAGGUUUGAACUUGGGAGGGCUGUCGUGUCCAUUCAUCCUUGCUAACUUGAAUGUGGGUCGUUAUCAAUAGCUGAUAGCAAGUAAAAGUAAUAUGUUACAUAUUGUUGUAAUAUACUGGAUGGAUGGCUGCCUGGUCAUAUGUUUUGCGCUCUUGACUGUCUUUUAGAUGAUCCUGGGUUUGAACCCCGCCUAUCCGCUAGUAGGCUAUGUAAUAAUCUUCAAAUCUGAAGGAACAUCCGAAACAUGUAAAAUGCUAACUGGUGAGCCCGUGUGCCUUUGAUAUUAACUAGCCCAGUUUUGUGGUACUGGUAUCCUAAUGAUUUUUAUUCUGAAAUAAACACUAUAUUACACAAGUUC